AAUGCAGGAAUGCUAGGGUGGAGCGACCUACAAUGAAGGCUAGCCAGCCAGAGCAACCAAAAAAAAUUUACGGCCAAUCUUCACUUGCAGUCAAUACCACACCAGCACCAUUUUUCCGGACACGAACGGCUCCCGUUUAUAGCCUCUCUUACGCUCUCGUCUCUCUUGUUUUGCUCACGCUCAUUCCUCAUUUCCAAGGACCAAGCAAUGUUCCGAUUCCGACACAUCAUCGCCGCUCUGAUUCUAGUCGCCGCCUCGGCGGCGUCUUUGAAUUCCGUCGGUGCCCGCGUGGUCCACCCCAUCGUCUUCAACGACCCCACCGCGGCCGCCCCCGCCCCCGCCCCCGCCUCCGACGGCCGUCGCCUGUUCGCCACCGCCGGCCACGACGAACUCAUGGCGCUAUGCCAACAGAUGCACUACAAGACGUUGUGCACGACGAUGGCGACGCUGCCCGGGGUGGCGACGCCGGAGCAGCUGCUGGACACGUCGCUGCGGAUCACGGCGGUGAAGGCGGCGAUGGCGGCGAUGAAGCUGGACGCGGCGAUGCGGUCGGGCGGCGACAAGGGCGACGGGAUGGCGUCGUCGCUGCAGUCGUGCAGGGAGAGCUACGCGUCGCUGGUGGACUCGCUGAGGAGCACGCGGGACACGCUGAGGAGCGGCGGCAGCAGCGCGGACCUCAUGACGGAGCUGUCGGCGGCGGGCACCUUCUCCACCGACUGCGAGGACAUCUUCGACGAGCGGCCGGAGCUGCAGUCGCCCAUACCCGGGGCGCAGCGCCACAUCAGCCGCCUCGUCAGCAACUGCCUCGACCUGGCAGCCAUCAUCAAGGAGCAGCCAUAGCUGGACAGACACGUGUGGACAUCUGCUAGAGCACAUUAUUGCUCUCUUGUACAUUUGCCAUGGGGAUGGGGAGGUUCAGUGCGUAGGCGUCUUUGGGACUGAAGAAAUGAAACACAAUUGUAGUUGAGGUCGGAUUAGUAUCUUCUAACCAUGGAGAGUAACCAUGGAGAAUGUGGAUGUCGUAUGUUUGUGCGUCCGUGUAUGUAUGUGAAUGUCCACGUGUUUAUAAAAAACAAAAGAAGAAAUGAGGAACUGGAAAGGAAUUAAAAGCG